UGGUGCCGGAGAGCAGAGCAGAAGCACUCUCGUUGUUCCUCUGCGACCGCACGGGCUAGAGAAAAACAACUGCCGCCGGGAGGAGCGGAGAAAAAUAUCCCCAAUCCCUCGCCUCCGAUAAACCCUAGCCAGCACCCUCGCCGGAUUGCCGCCGGGAGCCCGCCGAAUCGGAGCUCGCGGAGUGCGUUGCAUCUGCUCGCCGGAGCAGCCGCGCCGCGGUCGGUCGGUCGGUCGGGCGGGGAAUUGCGGCGAGUUUUCGGGCGGUUCCCUGGCCUCCCAGGCGCUCGCCGGCGUCGGAUCCGGCGGAGAGCGCGGGUUCUGGGCGGGUCUCGGUCCGAUUUGCUCGCCUGGGUUAGUUGUUCGUCCGCGCGCGGCUGCGGCGGUGGUGGCGACCGGCGGCUGAGGCGGUCGCGUCGCGUCGAUUUGGCGGGCGGUUGCUGCCAUUGCGCGAGCCAUCCGAAGAGCCAAGGUCGAGCAGCCUGUUCUUGCCCAUUCCCGGCAAUCUUGGUGCCGUUUGUUCCGCGGGGUGGGUGGGCGGGCGGCGCAGAAGGCGUGACCUUCCGGCGGCGCGAUGCUUCCCAAGGCCCGAAUCCACGCGGACCCGGCGCUCGAGCUCGAGCUCGACCUGUUCGACUGCCUGCCGGACUCGCUCGUCCUGCUCAUCCUCAACAAGGUGGAGGACGUGCGUUCCCUCGGCCGUUGCUCCGCCGCGUCCAAGCGGUUCAACGGGCUCGUGCCCCACGUCCACGACGUCUGCGUCAAGAUCGACCGCGUCGUGGCGGUCGACGGCGACGGCGAGGACGCCCUCAACCUGACCUCGCCCAAGCCCCGGAACAUCCUCUCCCACUUCCUCAAGCUGAUGCUCUUCACGAUCAUCAAGCCCUUCCACAACGCGCGCGGCCCCAACGGCGCCGGGCGGCCGCUCUUCCCGCAGCUCGCGCACCACUCGCCGGCGCAGGUGCUCCGGAGCUUCACGCACGUUCGGAACCUUCACAUCGAGCUCCCUUCCGGGGAUGUCGGGACCGAGGACGGGGUGCUCCUGAAAUGGCGGGCAGAGUACGGGAGCACGCUUCAGAACUGCGUGAUCCUCGGGGGCACCAGGGUUGACCGCAAGCCUGUUGGCGCAGAGCACGAGCCGUCUUCGGAGGACAAUGGGAGCAUGCCGGAGUCUUUCUAUACCAAUGGCGGGCUCAAGCUCCGCGUCGUGUGGACAAUCAGCUCCCUCAUCGCAGCAUCGACGAGGCAUUAUCUUCUCCGGUCGAUCAUCAAGGAGCACGCCACACUUGUGAGCUUGGUGCUGACCGAUGCCGAUGGUCAGGGCACGCUGACCAUGGGAGCAGAGCAGCUGAAGGAGUUCAGAGAGAACCAACUGUCGGCCUCAGCAUGCUCCAACAGGACCCAGGUCCCGGCCUGCAACAUGAAGCUGAAAUACGCGCCAUAUCUCGAGCUGCCCGGAGGAAUCGCGUUGCAGGGUGCUACACUGGUUGCUAUCAAGCCCUCCACCGAGGGAAGCAAUGGCGGCCAUGUCAGCCGCAAGGAAACGGACGCGUUCAUCUCUGGAGCAUUUGAUGGGCCAUUCAAAUUCGCUGCCAAGGCGCUGAUGAAGAGGCGCACAUACCUUCUGGAGAUGAAUGGCUUCUAGGAGUUCUUCCGGGGUAUCUGCUUGCUGGUGCAAGAAGGGUCGUUUGGCUGCUUUAACUUUUGGUCUGUGUAAUAGUCUGUGCUUGUUGUCUGGUGUGUUAGCUCUUUGUACAGUGGUGACAUCUGGUUAGCUAUAUGAAAAACAUAUCAAAUCAGUACAUUUUCUCAUU